AUGGGGAGAAUCAAGAGUCUCUGCUUCUUGGCCGUUGUGCUAGCAGCCCUAGGACCGAGCGUUGGCUCUGGCGAAGACUUGCAAUGUUCUCGAGAGCUUCCAGUUAAGAGCCGCAUCGACUGCCACCCGCAGCCUGGGGCUUCCCAGGAGAAAUGCGAAGCAAGGGGCUGCACUUGGUGUUCCACCGAUGUGCCAAAUGCCCCCUGGUGCUUCUUCCCAGAAGACAGUCCUUACGGCUAUUCUCUAGGUGGGAAUGCAGAAAAGACGGCUAAAGGCUGGAGGUGGGAUACAUCCCUGUCUGACCUGAUUUUUUCCAACCAGUAUCUACAGAUUACAACUACGGUGCCAUCCACCUCAGUGUAUGGGUUUGGUGAACACGAGCACCCGUCCUUCAAACACAGCAUGAACUUCGCUACCUACGGCAUGUUCAGCAGGGAUCAGGCACCAGCGCCAUUUGCCAAUCUUUAUGGAGUUCACCCUUUCUAUAUGUGCGUAGAGACAGACUCCAACGCCCAUGGUGUUCUCCUCCUGAACUCCAACGCACAAGAUGUAUCCCUGAGUCCAAAUCCAUCCUUAACUUUCCGCACUGUUGGAGGCGUCCUUGACUUCUACCUGUUCCUUGGACCAACUCCUGAAAACGUAAUUCAGCAAUACACUGAGGCUAUUGGACGCCCACACAUGCCUGCCUACUGGUCUCUGGGAUUUCAGCUGUCCCGAUGGGGUUAUGGAAGCAUUGAUGUUUUAAAGAAAACAGUUGAUCGCAUGCGCUACUACGAUAUCCCCUAUGAUGUCCAGCAUUCUGAUAUUGAUUACAUGGAACGUCGUCUGGACUUUACCUAUGAUAAAGUAAAUUAUGCCGGUCUGCCAGAAUACAUUCAACAGCUGAAGAAAGAAGGAAUGCACUAUGUCUUGAUUCUGGAACCACCUCCAUUCAAGGGAAAUUUCAUCCGAUAA